AUGUUGGAGCAAAAAUUCCUCACCACCACCUCGGCCACAGUCCGGUCCGCGGCCACAUGGCCGCGAACAUGUGACACGUGCCGUUUGGCGCCAUGCGCGGUAUUUUGCCGCGCAGACUCGGCCUACUUAUGCGCUGGAUGCGACUCACGCAUCCACGCAGCAAACCGCGUAGCCUCGAGGCACGAACGCGUCUGGGUCUGCGAGGCCUGCGAGCGUGCCCCGGCGGCUUUUCUUUGUAAAGCCGACGCUGCCUCUCUUUGCUCAUCCUGUGAUUCUGAUAUCCAUUCGGCUAACCCUCUUGCCAGCCGCCACCAACGCGUCCCGAUUCUUCCGAUUUCGGGGUACCUUUACGGUCCUCCGACGACCCUUUUAGGUGCUGACGAUGAAGGCUUUCUCCGCGGAGGCGGUGAGGCCGAGGAAGAGGAGGAUGAAGGUGUUGAUAUGGAAGAUGAAAAUGAAGCAGCUUCAUGGCUUUUGUUGAAUCCUUUGAAAAACAACAAUAACAAUAUCAAUAACAACAGCAACAACAGCAACAACAACAACAACAAUCAUAAUCAAGAUGGUAAUAACGGAUUUCUGUUUAGCGGCGAAGUCGACGAGUAUUUAGAUCUCGUUGAUUGUAAUUCUUGUGGUGGUGAAAACACUUUCACUACAAAUAAUUCUCAUCAUGAUCACGAGUAUAGUCAACCGCAACAACAACAAGAUCAUUACGGUGUUCCUCAAAAGAGCUAUGUUGGAGAUAGUGUCGUUCCUGUUCAACAACAACAUGUACAGAAUUUUCAACUUGGGUUGGAGUUUGAAUCUUCCAAAGCUGGAUUCAGUUACAAUCGUGGUGGUUCAAUUAGUCAAAGCGUUUCAGUUUCAUCAAUGGAUGUUGGAGUUGUACCAGAAUCAACAAUUAGAGAUGCCACAACAAUGUCAUAUUCAAGAACUCCAAAAGGAACAAUUGACCUAUUUUCAGCUCCUCCUAUUCAAAUGACUUCUCAUUUCUCUCCAAUGGACCGAGAAGCCCGAGUCCUAAGGUACCUCGAGAAAAAGAAAACAAGAAAAUUCGAGAAAACAAUCCGAUACGCCUCGAGGAAAGCCUAUGCGGAAACUAGACCGCGUAUCAAAGGUCGGUUUGCAAAGCGGACCGACAUAGAAGCUGAAGUCGAUCAAAUGUUUUCUACAACACUAAUUACCGAUGUUGGAUACGGAAUUGUCCCCUCUUACGUAUGA